AUGUUUCUAAGAGCAAGAACGGCGCAAAUCGCCAAAAAUGCCGGACGCAAUGCAACUAUUACUCGCGCAUGCAGAACCUACAGCAGCGACAAUGCCAGGCUGUCAAGCUCAGAGGCCAUGAAAUACGAGCAGGAAUAUUCGGCCCACAACUACCAUCCUAUGCCAGUGGUGUUCGAAAGAGCCAAGGGCGCACAUGUGUGGGAUCCAGAGGGGAAACAGUACCUGGACUUUCUAUCUGCGUAUUCUGCGGUCAACCAGGGCCAUUGUCAUCCUAAAAUCAUAAAUGCACUAGUGGACCAGUCGUCUAAGCUCACACUUUCGUCUCGGGCUUUUUUCAACUCUGUGUUCUCUGCGUAUGCUAAGUAUGUGACCGAGUACUUUAACUACGAGGCCGUGCUACCCAUGAACACCGGUGUGGAAGCUGUAGAGACGGCCCUCAAGCUGGCCCGCAGGUGGGGCUACGUCAAAAAGGGCAUUCCGGAAAACCAGGCCAUCGUACUGGGUGCACAGGGCAACUUUCACGGCCGUUCAUUGGGUGCCAUUUCGCUUUCUACCGAUGAGGAGGACUCCCGCAAGCAUUUUGGGCCUUUUGUCGAAAACUUGAGCGCCAAGAUUCCAGGCACCAACGGCGAGUUUUUAAGAUAUGGUGAAAUCGAAGAUGUCGAACGCGCUUUCAAAAAUGCCGGCGACCGCAUCGCUGCCAUAUUGUUGGAGCCUAUCCAGGGUGAAGCCGGAAUUGUCGUCCCACCUGCAGACUACUUAACAAAAGUUCAAGAGCUGUGCCGCAAGUACAAUGCGCUACUGAUCUGCGACGAAAUCCAGACUGGUAUCGCCAGGACCGGUAAAAUGUUGUGCUACGAACACUCUCCAAAUGUUAAACCCGACGUCGUUCUUCUAGGUAAAGCCAUUUCUGGUGGUGUGCUUCCAGUUUCGGCCGUCCUUUCCUCCAAGGAAAUUAUGAGUAGCUUUGCGCCAGGCUCCCACGGAUCCACUUACGGUGGCAACCCACUAUCAUCUCGCGUCGCCAUUGCAGCCUUGGAAGUCGUCAAGGAGGAAAACUUGGUCGAAAAAGCCAGAACCCACGGUGAGUACCUAAAAAAUGCGCUUGAAAAACUACAAGCCGCUUCCAACGGCAUUAUUUCAGAAGUACGCGGAAAAGGUCUGUUGACUGCGAUUGUGAUUGACCCAACUAAGUCUAAUGGUAGAACUGCAUGGGAUCUUUGCUUGUUGAUGAAAAACCACGGUAUGUUGGCCAAGCCAACCCACGACCAUAUUAUCAGAUUGGCGCCACCACUAGUAAUCUCCAAAGAGGACCUCGCUAAGGGUGUUGAGGCUAUCGCUAAAUCAUUGAAGGAAUUGCCAACCGCGCAGAAAGCUGACCACUAA